AUGGCCGACAAAGACUUCGUAGAUGUCAAAGCUCUUUUGAGCCAACUCACUCUCAGUGAGAAAGUGGAACUCCUUGCUGGCCAAGGCUCGUUUCGCAUGACUGGCCUUGAACGUCAUGGUAUUCCAGGUCUUAUUAUGGACCUCACGGAAUCCGAGGCCGGCGAUCAUUCACACAUGCCAAGUCCCAUGUUACCGUCCGCUACAGGAAUGGGCGCAACCUUCAACACUGAACUGAUUCACAAGAUUGGUAGUCUCCUGGGUGAAGAAGCCAAAUACCGAGGCGUCCAUGUGCUGCUGGCACCGACACUCUGCCUUCAGCGUUCGCCCUUGAUCGGACGUGGUUUCGAGGCCUUUGGUGAAGACCCUUUCCUCAGCGGUACUCUGGGUGCCCACUACAUCAAUGGUGUUCAAGAACAGGGAGUCGGAACGAGUGUCAAGCAUUAUGCAGCCCACGAUCAAUCUGACAACAGUAUCGAGGAUAACGUGAUCAUGACGGAGAGGACUCUCAGAGAGGUGCAUAUGCUUCCAUUCCAGCUUGCACUCAGAGGCUCAGAUCCUUGGACGAUUAUGACUUCAUACAACAAGAUCAACGGCAUUCACGUAAGCGAAGACCCUUUGUUGAUGAAGGAAAUCCUUCGCGAAGAGUGGGGAUACAAGGGUCUUGUUAUGAGUGACUGGUUCGGCACUUACAGCACAUCAGAGGCUAUCAACGCCGGUUUAGAUCUUGAGAUGCCCGGACCAACAGACUGGAGAGGAAAGCGUCUCAAUAUCGCUGUAGACUCUCGCAAGGUCUCCAAAGCAACAGUCGAUCAGUCCGUCGAGAAUGUCUUGAAUCUCGUCAACAAAGUCAAGGCUGGUGAGGUUUCUGGAAAGCCACCUCAGUCAGACACCCCAGAACAGCGAGCCUUGAUUCGACAGCUAGUUGCGGAAUCAAUUGUACUUUUGAAGAACGAAAAGGAAAAGUUGCCGAUCAAGAACCCCGAGAAGCUCAAGUACGGACUUAUUGGAGAUCAUGUCAAGAACCCUUCACUGUGUGGCGGUGGAAGCGCUGAAGUCGAGCCUUACUAUGGUAUUACUCCGUAUGAAGCCAUCAAGGAGGUAGUUGGGGAAGAGAACAUUACUUACACUCCAGGAUGCAACUCUUUUAGGUUUAGUCCGCUCAUCAAGGGUCAAAAAACACCAGAUGGUAAAACAGAGGGUUGGCAUGUUGAGAUUUUCGGGGAGGACCCUGAGGAAAAUGAGGAUGCAAAGGCAAUCGUCUCAACCAUUGCGGAGAAGCAGCUGGUUGACGUGCCCGAAAGCUACCACUCGACCAUCCCGGCCAAAUACUACGUCAAGGCACAGGCCAAGUACACGAUCCAAGAAUCUGGGCGGCUCAAGUUCGGUUUUAGCACUUCUGGCAAGGGCAAACUGAAUAUCGAUGGCAAGGAUGUCAUUGAUCUAUGGACGAGUCAACCGCCCAAGACGGACUCAACUCCAUGCUUCAACCGUCUUUCCAUGGAACGAUUCUACGAGGGAGAGUUCCAAAAGGGCCAAGUUCUCGACCUUCAAGUGAUUCAGGUCAACGAGAACUUGUCAGGUGGUGUCGGCACUGCGCUAACGCUCACUGGACGCGUGGGUAUCUACGAGCUCUAUGAUGAGGAUCAAGGUAUCAAGGACGCUGUCGAGCUGGCCAAGAACGUAGAUGUCCCCAUCGUCAUCACGGGACUUUCUUCAGACUUUGAGUACGAAGGAAGCGACCGAAAGCACUUGAACUUGCCCGGUCGAGUUGAUGAACUGAUCGGGGCUGUUUUGCAAGCCAAUCCCAAUGCUAUCAUCAUUACCCAAUCGGGCCUCCCCAUCGAGAUGCCAUGGGAGUCACAGGCUUCUACACUUUUGCAUGCUUGGUUUGGUGGUCAGGAAUGCGGUCACGGAAUGGCUGAUGUUCUCUUCGGCAAAGCCAACCCGUCUGGACGACUGUCUUUGACAUUCCCCAAGUCUAUCAAGCAUACUCCUGCUUAUCUGACUUUCUCCAAGGCCGACUACGAUAUUAUGUACGGCGAAGGAGUCUUCAUCGGUCACCGGUACUACGAGAUGGUUGAUCGAGAGCCUCUAUUUUACUUCGGACACGGAUUGUCGUACUCGAAAUUUGCCUACUCGAAUCUUACAGUCCCUAAGGAAUUUGAGUCUUCUGUUGACCACAAGAUGCAAGUCACUGUUGACAUCAAGAACCAUGGACCAUUUGCUGGAGCCGAAGUUGUGCAGCUGUACAUCCACCACGCCAAUAGUUCUCUCCAGCGACCUGUAAGGGAGCUGAAGGCGUUCAGCAAGGUCUACCUGGAUGUGGACGAAGCUAAAACGGUUAACUUGACACUAGAUAAGUACUCAUUGUCUUUCUGGUGUCAGGAAGCAUCCACGUGGAAGGCCGAGGCUGGAACCUACACAAUUAUCCUUGCCUCAAGUUCUAACCCCAAGGAUGAGAUUGCUCGAGAAAGCUUUGUGCUGCCCGAAACCUUCUUUUGGAAGGGCCUGUAA